GCGGAACCCAACCGGCGAUAAGCGAUCCGAUAAGAACCCUGAUCGUCAACCACGCGAGAAUAUUUGCGCAAGCGGCCGAACCGCUCACCGUAUCAAAAUUUCAUCCCCAGUCGAAGCCCCAAUUGCAGUUCCAGCACCCGGACGCCUGCAGCCGACAAGACGAAUUUGGGGGACACCACCAGCUCAGCGACGCGGACAAGGAGCGGAACCAUACCAAUUGCGCCGUCCUACCACAUCCCUCCCACCUCCCAUCCCGAAACCUCUCCACUCGACGCCCGAAACCUUCACACCAACCCGUCGAUUCACCCUCUCUCCCGACGAUAACCUCUUCCAAUAUGGGGAAGCUCCCCAGCACCCUCCUCCGGCGGCCGUCGCUGGCCGGCUACCUCCCAUCAACAUCACCGGCACUCCCCCACCACACACCCACAACGGCGGGCGGCCUGCUCUCCACACCACAAAAAAAAGCGGCAGCGGCAGGCCAGGUGCGGCACGCGACGUUCGUGCCGCGGUCGCGGCGGCCGUACCAGUUCACGCAGCUGGUGCAGCUGAGCGACGGGUCGACCUUCACGGUGCGGACGACGUCCCCGCUGGCGCUGUACCGGUCGGCCAAGGACAGCCGCAACCACAUCCUGUGGCAGCCGACCGAGAAGUCGCUGCGCAACGUCGAGGUCGACGAGGCCGGCAAGCUCGCCGCCUUCCGCGAGCGCUACGGCUCCUCGUGGGAUUUGGACGCGCCUACUACUGCUGCUGGCGCUGAUGCUCCGGGUGCUGGUGCUGCGGCUCCGGGUGCGGGUGAUGCUGCUGCUGCUUCGAAGGAAGGCGGGGAGAAGGGCCCUGCGGUCGAAAAGAAGGGCGCCGCGGAGGAGAAGGGCGACAAGAAGCAGGUGGAUGCCAAGGAGGCCAAGCCAGCAGCGGCACAGGAGCCAGCAGAGGCCGCGGCGUCGGCCGAUCCUUUCGACUCGCUGGUCGACCUUAUCAGCACGUACGCGAGCGAGGACAAGAACACUAAGGGUGGGUUGAGCGCCAAGGACCAGGCGAGGAAGGAGAAGAAGAAGAAAUAAGCUGCCUAAGGGGCCAGAGGUUCUGUGGGAGUAGUGUAUGCUGUAACAUAGAAAACAGACCUGUGUAUUUUGAGGAGCCGACGUCCCGUCUGAUAGAUGGAUGGAUUGAGAAACCGGAGAAGGCUACCGCGGCAUGCGGAUACGGCUGUGUAUAAUACAAUGACAACGACGCCAUACAGGCUCCUAAGCUGUCUGACUGAAUCCCACAUGGCUCCAUCCAGCGCCACACG